AUGAUGAUUACGGACCGUACGCCGAACGUGCCUAUUCUUAUUUUCUCAGCCCUCCUCCGUUCGCUGGGUCCAAUUCGGCUGUGCCUCUCACACGCUGACCUGACCGCGCCGUUCUCCACCUUUCGAUUCCGCCGCCCGUUCACGUUCCGCCCCAUUCCUCGCUCCCUCACCCACUUCUCCAAGCCCUCCUCGAACGCUCAUCGGACUUGCGGCCCUGUGAAACCCUAUGCCUGCGACCUAGACAUUGACAUCUUCUCGCCCUUUGUUGCCGUCACCAAGUGUCUUGCCCUCGUGCCAUAUAGAUCGCCGCCGUCGCCUCCUCAAUUGCUCCCCCCUCUGUUCGGCCUCGCUUACCGGACCCUGCCGUCGCAUACUGGCCGGCUCCGCCUGCGCGUUCUCCGGGCGGGAUCCUCCACGCCUUCGGUGGGGACGACUCCGGCGAAGAAAGAGCCCCAGCCGCUUCCGAUGACCCCGCUGGAGAAGAUGCUGCAGGAUAUGGGUUCAGUCCGGGAUGAUGGCAGUGACAAGUUCUUUGGAAUGGAGAACUUCGGCAAUACCUGCUACUGUAACUCGAUCUUGCAAUGUCUGUACUAUUCAGUCCCGUUUCGAGAAGCCGUCAUCAAUUAUCCGACACGGACACCGAUCGAAAGCCUGGAAGCCGCAAUGAUGAAGAACCUUCGGUUUCAGAACGUCGCUGCGAACUUGGAGGCGGAAGCACAAGCGGAAAAGCAGAAGGCCCUGAAUGCUCAGCGCCCCGGGGCGCCGCCGGCUCCACCACAGAAGCCCGAGGACAAGGAGUCGCCGGAAUAUAAGAAGAAGAUGGCCUUGCAGACACUGCCGCUGUUGGAAACGAAGAAUAACGCGGUCAGUUACGGCAUGUCAGAGUCGCUUUUUACCUCACUCAAGGACCUUUUCGAGUCGGUUGUCGCGAGCCAGUCUAGGAUAGGGAUAAUCCGUCCGCAACAUUUUCUGGACGUCCUUCGCCGUGAGCAUGAAAUGUUCCGGUCGGCGAUGCAUCAAGACGCACACGAAUUUCUAAACCUUCUGCUCAACGAAGUGGUGGCGAACGUAGAGGCCGAAGCCAUGAAGCAACCGGCACCGGAAAGGGCGCUUCUGCCCGCAGAACACACCGAAUCUUCCGAACAGUCGGUCAGCUCGGGGUCCAAGACCCCCAAUACGACGCGGUGGGUGCACGAGCUCUUUGAGGGGACUUUGACGUCGGAAACGCAAUGUCUUACCUGUGAGAAGGUGUCUCAACGAGACGAGAUUUUCUUGGACCUGUCUGUGGAUCUAGAACAGCACUCGUCGGUCACUUCGUGUCUACGGAAGUUUUCGGCAGAGGAGAUGCUUUGUGAACGAAACAAGUUUCACUGCGACAACUGCGGGGGUCUCCAGGAGGCCGAAAAACGGAUGAAGAUCAAGCGCCUUCCCCGGAUCUUGGCCCUGCACCUGAAGCGUUUCAAAUAUACCGAAGAUCUGCAGCGGCUCCAAAAGCUCUUCCACCGGGUCGUGUACCCCUACCAUCUUCGCCUCUUCAACACCACCGACGAUGCUGAAGACCCUGAUCGCCUAUACGAGCUGUACGCAGUGGUGACGCAAGAUCGCGGGUGGCUGCUCUUCGAUGAUGAAAUGGUCGAGCCUGUGGACAAGAACUAUGUGCGCAACUUCUUUGGUGAUAAGCCCGGGCUAGCGUGCGCCUACGUUCUGUUCUAUCAGGAGACCACACUGGAGGCGGUUCUGAAAGAGCAAGAGCUUGAGAACUUGAACUCGAACCUUGCCGAUUUGAACGAAGCUUCUAUGAAACAGAAUGGCUUCCCCCAACCACCAGGGGGGCUGGCCCAUGUUCAUAGUGCCUCGCAGAUUCCCACGUAUGAGGAGUCCCUGCGGAAUACGGGCGGCCUUAAACGAGCCCCCACGGCGCCUCAGCUCCCCACUCAUACGGAGCACACGGGCCCAGAGAAUGUCCCGCUGAGUCCUGCCGUUGCCAUUCCACCCCCCGUCCCGCCCAUCCCAGAAGCCCACAGCAGGCCCUUGAGCCCGAAGAAGAGCGAUGUGCAGUCCAAAAAGGAACGGGCCAAGGAAGAAAAGGAACGCAAGGCAGCUGAAAAGGAGUUGGAGAAGGUGCGUCGCAAAGAACAAGAAGCAAGGGUCAAGGAAAACCAGCGACGCGAGGAAGCCGAACUAAAGGCCGCUCUGGAGGCUAGCAAGGCAUCCAAAGCAGACGAGGACCGGCGAGAGAACGGCAAGGACAGCGAUUCGAAGAAGUCCAGCAGCGGGCUGAGUCGUCUAAAGCGGGGCAGCAAGAGCUUCAGCCAGCGCCUGGGCAAGGAUAAGGACAGUCGCACGACGCCUUCUGGUCUGCCCACCGUGCCUAGCCCUGAGCCUGCGACUCCGACUCCCAACGACGUGCCCCCCGAACACACGCAGCCCCCCUCCCCGCACAAGGGGUCCCCCAAAGAAUCACACAUCCUCCACAAGCCCCUGGGCCACGACGACGAGCACGAUGCGCUAAAAAGCCCCAAAGGCGACCGAGGCAAAUGGCGGAGCUUCAGCAUCCGAAAGAAGUCCUUCAGCAUUCUUUCCUAG